CGCUUUGGAGAGAGAGAGAAAGGAGUCUCAGAAGCUAGGUGGGGACCAGUGGACGCGGCUAGUAUAAAAGGUGUCGCCGCCGAAGGUCCAGCAUCAUUCACCUGAUACACACAUCAACAAUCAUGAAGUUCCUGGUUCUCCUCGCCGCCGUGUGCGCUGUGGCUAACGCCGGCGCUGUUGGCUACGCCGCCGCUCCCGCUCUCGCUUACGGAGCUGGAUACGGUUAUGGUGCUGGCUACGGCUAUGCCGCCACCCCCGCCCUGGGAUACUCUUCCUACGCUGCCACCCCCGCCCUGGGAUACUCUUCCUACGCCGCCACCCCUGCCCUGGGAUACUCUUCCUACGCCGCCACUCCCGCUCUGGGAUACUCUUCCUACGCCGCUCCCGCCUACGCCCACGCCGCUCCCAUCGUGGCUGCCGCUCCCGUCGUCAAGGCUGUCGCCCCCGUCGCCACCAGCUACGCUAACGUGCACUCUGUCCACACCCCCGCCGUCGUUGCCCACGCCGCUCCCGUUGUUGCCCACGCCGCUCCCGCCGUCGUUGCCGCCCCCGCUGUUGCCUACAACAGUCUGGGAUACUCCGGUCUUGGAGUUGCUACCCGUAGCUACGGUUAUGGCGCUGCUUACCCCUCCGCUUACGGCUAUGGCGCUGGCUACGGCAUCGCUGCCCGCACCGCCUACCCCGCCUAUGGAGCUGGAUACGGUCUUGCUACCCGCGCUGCCUACCCCGCCUACGGCGCUGGAUACGGUCUUGCUACCCGCGCUGCCUACCCCGCCAGCUACGGUUACAACGCUGGUCUCGGCUACGCCGCUGGAUACUCCACCUACGGAAUCCACUAAGAGUCUCAUUAACUUGUGAUAGUACAAACCAUUACCUCCCCAGUCUUUUGUGUAAUUUAUGCCCAUCAUCAAAUAAAUUAUAAUAACAAACCCGAAA